GCAUUUGAAUUUUUUCUAGGGUUUCAGUUCUUCCUUGCUGAUUGUGUGGUAGGAGAAUGAAGGUUAAAAUACUCCAAUGGCAUGCUGUAGCUUCCUGGACAUGGGAUGCACAGGACGAAACAUGUGGGAUUUGUAGAAUGGCAUUUGAUGGUUGCUGUCCUGAUUGCAAAUUUCCAGGCGAUGAUUGUCCACUAAUUUGGGGCGCAUGUAACCACGCGUUCCAUCUUCACUGCAUCUUCAAAUGGGUGAACUCACAGACCCCUCAAGCACAUUGCCCCAUGUGCCGUAGGGAUUGGCAAUUUAAAGGUUGAUCGGUAAACCUUCACCAUUCGUGGCCUUCUGUUCUUUUUCUACCCCAUCAGAUGCGUUGGAAGCCGCUAAGUUCAAGCUUUUUUAUGGUUGACGAGCAAUGGAAUCCUAACUUGGUGUACAAGGUAAUCUGUUUCUUUUAGUUCAUUUGUGAAAUCAAGUAGCUUCCUUUUGUAGAAUCAGUCGAAUUCAAACGUGACUUGAUUUUGUUCGUCAAGGGUUGAAAUGACAGUUAUAUCAUUUUCAUGCAAA